AUGUACUCCGGCGGUGUUGGCGGUGAUGAUUCUGCAGUAUACCACUAUCAUGGCGUUGGUGGUGAUGAUUCAGCAAAAUACCACUACGGACACAUGUACUCCGGCGGUGUUGGCGGUGAUGAUUCCGCAGUAUACCACUAUCAUGGCGUUGGUGGUGAUGAUUCAGCAAAAUACCACUACGGAGGUUCGGCGGGGGGUGCUUAUGGUGAUGGCUCUGCGGAGUAUCGCUAUGGUGGUGCUUAUGGUGAUGGCGCUUCUAGCAAUGGUUCCUAUGGUCGAUAUUCUUACGGCAGCGGGCGCUACGGUGGCAAGUACGCCGCGGACAACGGAGUUGGCUACGGCAGUGGCGGACACGACUAUGUUCAUGUUCAUGGCGACGGUGUUAGCGGCCAUGCCCACAUUCUGGGUCCUGCCAGCAAAGGUCACUACGUCAGUCAUUCCGACGGAUACGACGGACAUGCAGUGAAGCACAUCAUCGAGAAGAACUACUAUGAUGUGCAAACCAAGACCCACAUCGUACGGAAGCCCAUCCCUGUCGCUGGACCGGUGCAUUACCAGUCCGUCGUCAUUCCAUCUAAGCCACUUGAAGACUGCUUUCGUGGAUACUCGAACUACAAGAAGCUGCUUGGGUUGUGGGACACGCAGAAGCAGCGCUACUGCUGCUACAAGUACAAGCGAGCAUGCACGACUCAGUACAUCAAGAAAUAUCAUUACCAUACGGUGGUCCACGAAAAAGAGGUUCCUGUCCCGGUUGAGAAGACAGUCGCAGCUUGUCUGAGCGUGGAGGAGGCAGUGCCGGUGGCCGCCAAGCGCAGGGUCAUCACCAUCCACGACCAUGAGGAGCCGAAGCCACAGAAGGUACCCGUGCCCGUGCCUGGCCCACCAGCCCGAACCGUGACCAAGGUGAUCCACUACGAUGUUCCAAAGCCGGAGACGAAGAUCAUUCACAAAACGAAGGUUAUCAAAAAGCCCGUCCCGGUCGUGCACUACGUCGAUUACCCCGUGGAGAAGGAGAGCAAACCGAAGGUGGUGAUCGAGACCAAGCACGUGAUGUCCGAGGCUUAUGACUGCCACGAUGGUAUGCACCACUGGAAAGGAAUGUGGUCCCACAGCAAGCGGUUGUACUGCUGUUGGAGGACACAGAUUGGCUGCCCUCAUACUCACAUCAUUGUGAAGAACAAAACCGAAGUCCACACCAAGUACGUCAAGCGCAAGGUCGUGAUGCCCGCGCAGAUCAUCUACAAGGAUGUCACGGACGUGGUCCACAAGCACAUCCAUUCCCUGGAUUUUGAUUGCAACUCGGGAUACUCCAACUGGUACUACGGCUGGUCUCCGAAGAAGAAGACGUGGUGCUGCCACCAGGAGAAAUUGGGCUGCCCGGGCACAUGGAAGGGAUUCAUCAAAGGGAAGGCAACAUUGGUCCUCCAUCACCAUGAAGGUCAUGCCACAGGGACUCUUUACGAUUGUGAUGCGGGAUUCUCGAACUGGAUUCAUGGUUGGUCGAACUCGAAGAAGGACUGGUGUUGCGAGAACGAGCAUAAGGGCUGUGGGUUCCACUGCGACGGCGACUCCGACGACUGGUCGACUGAACACCGCGAAUGGUGUUGCGGAAACUUCCAGACGGGAUGUGCUAGCACCAGCCUCUCGCCUUUGGGGUGCGACGCACCUUGCUCCCUGUCUGCGCUGGAGGAGUUGUGCGUUGGGGAGGUUCGAUUCGUGCCAGAUGUGAGCUUCGAACGUGCCCGGGGCAGCCCAGGCACCCUCCACGGUGACACCUCCACAUGCCAAGAGCGUGUUGACUGGACGAAGGAGAACACCUUCCCUGGACGCGACAAUGCGUGUGCACUGGCCUACAGCCAGGCAGACGGCUUCACAAAUCCGAAGUUGUCCACCUCCAAGUCCCGAGUGCAGGUGGAGUGUGAUGUCUGCCGUGCCUGCAGCGUCGAGGCAGCUGGGUGCCAGGUGGCCCCCGGUGCAGCCAGCGACCCCUACGACUGCAAUGCGGCAUUGAACAACUUCUUCAGGGCUUGGUCGCCCGCAAAGAAGCAGUGGUGCUGCAACAACCAGGGCAAAGGCUGUGAGGGUGAGCACCCCCCAUCGGUGGACCCGGGCGCUGGCAUGAUGUGGAAGCACGUCCAGGUGAACGGGUACUGGACGUGGCAGGUGGUGUCUGUUGGAGGAGGUGCUGUGGCAGGAGGGGCUGCGAGCCUUCCCUUCGACUGCAAUGUCGGCCGCGUGAACUGGAAGCAGGGUUGGUCUGCGCCGAAACAGACGUAUUGCUGUGCUCACGUCCACUUUGGCUGCCCCGGAGAUGCAAGUGCAGCAGUCGGACACACGGUGGUCACUCACCACACGUACACCACCGUAACGCAUGGUGGCGGUGGACACAUGGUUGGUGGACACAUGGUUGGUGGACACAUGGUCGGCGGACAUAUGGUCGCCGGACACAUGGUUGGUGGACACACGGUCGGUGGACACAUGGUUGGACACAUGGUUGGUGGACACAUGGUUGGUGGUGCUGGAGGAGGUGCUGCGGCCAUGCACAUUCAUGGUGGCGGAGGGGGCGCGACGUACCACAGUCACACAGUGACGUACCACAGCAGUGGCGGUCACGUGGUCACUCACGUCCAUCAUUCAUGA